CAUAUUGAUUUUAUCUUAGUACGGCUGUGCGGAAGUGAAUGCGCGGGGUAAGGGUCAAACGUGAAAAUGGCUUCUCCGAAAACUGUUCCUAAAGAUGCACAGGUUAUGAUCCAAAUCCUCAAAGACAUGGGGAUAACAGAGUAUGAGCCCAGAGUUAUUAAUCAAAUGUUGGAAUUUACCUACAGAUAUGUGACAACUAUUAUCGAGGAUGCCAAAAUCUAUGCAACUCAUGCCAAGAAGAACAUUGUGGAUGCUGAUGACAUAAGACUGGCGAUUCAGUGUCGAAUGGACCAGUCCUUCACCUCCCCACCACCACGAGAUUUUCUGCUGGAUGUAGCUAGGCAGAAGAACCAGACCCCUCUGCCCUUGAUUAAGCCAUACACUGGGCCACGCCUGCCCCCUGACCGUUACUGUCUUACUGCUCCUAACUACAGGCUUAAGUCCAUACAGAAAAAGGUGUCCUCAUCUGCGGGGAGAAUAACAGUGCCUCGCCUCAGUAUAGGAGCUGUGUCCAGCAGGCCCAGCACGCCUACCCUUGGCACUCCCUCAGUGCAGUCAGUCACAACCAAAGUGGGGACGCCAGUGUCACUGUCGGGGCAGCGCUUCAGCGUUCAGAUCCCAUCCUCACAGACUGCGGCCUCCAAGUCCUACAUCAGGACUGCAAUUACUCACCACGAACUAGCAGAAUCCUUUUUCUUCUUUCACAACUCUGACGAGGCGGAGGAUAUACAGGCCCAGACCCCCUUGAUCUGCGUGAAGAGGAGGUGGAGAAAGAGAGGCCGGAGAGCGGGCUGCCUUCUGAGAAGGCGAUCGAAUAAACCACCACUUCCCUCAAUUCUGCUAGCAAACGUGCAAUCUUUGGACAAUAAAAUCGACGAGUUACGGGGAAGAUUAAACUACCAAGAGAACAUUAAAAACUGUAACAUCUUAUGCUUCACGGAGUCAUGGCUGAACGACGUCAAUAUCAACAUACAGCUGGCUGGUUAUACAAUGUACCGGCAGGAUAGAACAGCGGGGUCUGGUAAGACAAGUGGCGACGGACUUUGUAUUUUUGUAAAUAACAGCUGGUGCACUAUAUCUAAGGAAGUCUCGAGCUAUUGCUCGCCUGAGGUUGAGUAUAUCAUGAUAAGCUGUAGGCCACACUACCUACCAAGAGAGUUCUCAUCUGUAUUCUUCGUAGCUCUUUACAUACCACUUCAGUCAGAGGUUGGCACUAAGAUAGCAUUGAAUGAGCUGUAUUUCACUGCUGCGCCUUCUUCACCACACAGUCUGUGUGGUUGGACCAUUUCAGUUUGUCCGUGAUGUGUACGCCAAGGAACUUAAAACUCUCC